CGGUCGACUCGCGCGAGUUGUCAUUGGCUGUUUUGCUCUGUUCCGCGACUGUCGCUCUGUCGGCACUCGCGGUCUCUCGUCCGUAAGUAUAAUUAAUAUUCCGUCGGGACCUGUCGCGCUGUACGGUCAUCAGUCCUGCAGCGGCAGCGGAGUUACGAGUUUUCGCCGUUUUUGGCCGGUCAUAUUAUUUACGAGGGGUGAUUAUAAUAUAAUAUCACUUAGAACCGCAUAAUAAAGACAGUGCCACUUCCUUAUCAAGAAAUAAACGGAUUUAUUAAGCAGGAAAUUAUGGAUGAAUUAGAUAAUAAUUAUUACGCUGGUGGAUUAUUACAAAAAAUGCGUGAUUGUAAGGUAUCUAAUAGUCCUGGAGAAUUGGCGAUGUCACAUACUAAACCCAACAAUCAAGAAAUGAACAGGACCAUUAAAAAUGAAAGUAUUGAUUCAUCAUACUUUAUUAAGCAGGAAACAAUUGAUGAAGCAGAGGACAAUUACACGAGUGAAUUAUUACAAAAAAUGCGUGAUUGUAAGGUAUCACACAGUCCUGGAGAACUGAUGAUGCCACAUACUAAACCUGAUAAUCAAGAAAUGAACGAGACCAUUAAAAAUGAAAGUAUUGAUGGAUGUAUGGAUGAAUGUAUUGAUAUAUCAGACGAUCAUAACAACAUCAUUAGAUUAUUACCUAGAAGACCUAGAUACGAGACUGAAAAUAUGGCAGUAUCAUUUUACGGCGCAGAAAACUACGAAAUAGAUAUUAUUGAUAGAUAUGUAUUUGAAGGAUUUGUGUGUAGCAAAAGCCAUUCAUCAGAAUUCAUUGCUUGUGUGAAUUCGGACUUAUUGUAAUCUAAAUCAAGAUGAAAACAACUUUUUUAGUACCUUUCAUUGUUAUUUUUUGUUACAAAUAUUAUUAUCAUCUUCAAGAAAUGUACAAACUUUUCAGACACAUUAUAAUGGCCAAUAUCAAUGUAAAUUGGUCUAUUAUUAGUCUUUUGUUUUGCAAUUGAUACAAAUUCUAAACUUAAGUUAUCAAAAACUUAUUACAGAUAUACAUAAAUUAUUCAAACAUAUAAAUUUUAUUAUUCUUUAGCUCACUUUUAUAGGUACUAAAAUAUUCAUUCUCAAUUUUGUUUGUUACCUAUACUAAACCGCUCAAUUAGUUAUUUUGGAUUAUGUCAUGGUUUUUUUUUUUUUUUGACAUGCAAAAGUAUCAUUUUUUUUUUUUGUUUUGUUUUUUAGCAAGAACCAACAUUUUGGAACUACAGUAUUAUCUCAAUAAAAAUAGAAUAGGUUGAUACAAUGUUUAUUUUUUGAAAACUUAAGAACAAGCUUAAAUUAUUAAAUUA